CUGGUUCGUUUCGUUUCGUUCCGUUUCGUUCCGUUUCGUUAGAUUCUUUGCCCGCGAUGGGGGAGGCCAGCAGCGGUGCUUCCACGGCUUCCGGCGGCAGCAAAAAGGCGGCGGGAGGCGGAAGCGGUGCGGCCUCCACCCACAGGGGGAGCCGCUCGGCGGGUCCGGGCCCCGAUGGGAAAGCCGCCGGCACCAAGAAGCGGUCCCGGAGCGAGACCCCCAGCGGAAGCAACGCGGAGGGCCCGGCGCAUCUUUCCCCGAAGGGAUCGGCCCCCGACGAGACGGGCCCCCCGCACGGAAGCACCAAGAAGAAGAAAAAGACCGCGGGGAGCGACCUCGGCGGCGGCAGCGGCGGACAGCCCCCGGCCGAACCGUCCCGGUCCUCCUACCGGGACGAGAUCGCGAGCGCCUCGUCCGAGGCCAUCGAGGAGCUCCUCUCCUCCUCCCUGUAUCGGAUGACGGACGGGAUCCCGGUGCGGGAGCUCAGGCUCGUCGUCUCCGAGGCCGAGGCCUGCGAGGCCGCCCUCGAGGCCGAGCUGGGGAUCCUGGCCAGGGCCAUUGCGAGGGAAACGCAGCGAGGGGCCACGGCUUGCGGUGGGGGAUCCGGCCCGGCGGAAGGGCCGGCGCAACCACCAGCAAAACCACAAACAAAAGCAAAAACCACGGAAGAGGCCGCGCCGAGCCCGGAGGAAGAAAAGGCACUCUUGGCGAUGCUCGGGGCGGAGUUCACACCCCCGGACGCCCACUGGACCCUCUCGGCGCUCCUGGGGCGCCUGCGGCACGAGCUGACCACCCCCCUGCCGCCGUCCAGCCAGCUCCCGGCGCACCGGGAAAAGAACCACCUCACCCAGCUGGCCCAGAGCGUGGGGAUCGCCUCGCAGUAUUCCAGCGCCAGGAGAAAGGCACACCCGAGCGGCAAUGCCACCGGCAGCAACACCAACACCAACACCAACACCAACACCAACACCAACAACACCAACACCAAUAGCAAUAGCAGCAAUAGCAACAACACCAGCAGCAAUAACAAGCAGGCAACGGCGACCGCCACCGAGGCCGCAAACGCGGUGCCCUCCGCUGGAACCACUGGCGGGGGCCAACCCGGGGACACCAGCGAGCUCUCCCAGUUCCGGCGGCUGGGGUCCCUCCCGGGCUACCCCGAGUACACCCGCGAACACGCCUCGAACGAAAAACUCCUGGGCCUCUGCAAGAAAAUCUACAACUACCGGAGCUCCCUCGUCUUUCGCAAGCCCGUCAACCCGACCGACGCACCGGGCUACACGGAACGGAUCAAGUUCCCGAUGGACAUCUCGCUCAUCCGCAAGCUCGUCCUCUCGGGGCACAUCCGGACCUACGAGGGAAUCCUCCGGCAGGUCCACCUCAUCGGCCACAACUGCGUCAAGUACAACGGGAGGGAGUCGGACUACGCCCUGGUCACGCGCGAGUUCGAGAGCGUCGCGACGGAAUACGUCUGGACGGCCGUCAUACGGGAGGCCAGGGGGUGGGGCGGCCGGGGGGGGYACAGCCGAACGACCUCGCCGAUGCCCGGGGCAGCUCCCGCACCGGCGGCGAACCCAACCCCCGCUGCUUCGGCCACCGCCCCCCGGCCCGCGGGUGCCCCCGGGAAGGCCCCGGGCACGGGCGGAAGGGCGGCGCUUCCCGGGGGAGCCACCGGGGUUCCGGCGGCGGCGCCGGCCGCAUCGGCGGGGGGAAACACCGGGAUCCGAAAGGAGCAGGGCGGUGCCUCCGCGCCGUAAACAAAGCGGAGGCUACGUGCCGGGCGCGGCCCGGUGCGGUGCUGGCACUCUCCGAGGCCACGCGCACCAGCGUGUGGGUGCUACCAGAGCGCCGCUCGGCGCUGCCUGCCGGCACGAAAGAAGAUCGUCGUCRAUUCGUGUAUGUACAUAAAGUA